UGGGGCUUCAGAUUGCCUGCGUAAAAGAAUGACAUUUCCCGUUGUAAUGGCACUAUUACAUCCCUCUGCAGGCUGGGAAGGCAGACUUAAAGCCUGGCCGACUACACUGGAUUCUCUCUACAAUCCUGAGGUUGGAGUUUUAGUCUCGAUGAUCAAAAUUGGGAUACUUCCGAAUUUUGUGAAUUGCAGGGUGAUUAUUCAAGAUCCGACGGAUCUUAAUCACAUAGCAUGGCUCUUGGUUGACCGAGGGAGUUAAGAUGAUCUCAAACAUCUCCAUGCAAGAGCGAGAGCAGAGGGCGCAUGCCAUGUCCUGAAGUCAAGUGUGGUCAUUCCAGCUGCUCGUGCUGUAGCAUGCAUUUCAGAGCGAGGGCGUCAUCUACAUUUUUGCAAAAGGAACACAAUCCCAUGGGCGAAUCCUCAUAGUGACCAAGCAUGCUGAAGGGACUUGAACCGGUAAACUGCAGCGUGUGUUGCUGUACACUGGCCAGCAAAAUUGUAAUGGUGCUAUUUAUGGUGCUCUUGGUUUUCGUUAUCUUGUUUGGAAACACUGUGACUUUGGCCGUGGUGUUAGGGACCAAGCACUUCCACACGCCACAGGGAUAUCUCAAAGCGUCGCUGGCGGUGGCAGACCUGGCGGUGGGAAUUUUUGUGGUGCCUGUGUCCGUUUACGCGGAGGUGUCGCUCAUGUUUAACAACUCCUCGCCGGAAUGGACCGUCAACAAUUCACAAGCGUCAACCUUUCACCCAUGUGCGGUCAUCGGUCCUAUAUUUGCCGGCUGCACUUUGGUGUCAAUUACGACUAUAUUUCUUCUAACCAUCGAAAGGAGCAUUGCAGUUUUGAGACCGUUACACAAGGAGUCGGUGAUUACGCGUAAACGGACAACAAUCCUGAUUAUUUUCUCUUGGGUGGGAAGUUUUCUUUUGGCAGUGUCUCCAAUGAUUUUCAGCAAUGAAAUUGCCCUUGAAUACAAUCCAUGUAGCAGGAUGUGCAAUUACGCAAUUGGUACCAUAAGCGAGUUCCCGACUCGAGCGUGGAACAUUCUUCUACUGUUCCCAGCGUUUGAUUUCACUCUCUUAGGGGGGACUGUGGUAAUAAAUAUAAUUUCCCUGUCGACCAUACGCCAGCACUCAAAGCGCAGAAAACAUCUGGCUGAAAGCGACAGCCAAAGCGUCACAAAACCCACUUUUUCCGAUAUUAAAGCCGCUAAAACCAUCGGGACACUGACGCUUGCGUUCACGGCAUCUUUCACGCCUAUUGCCGUCUUUGUCGUUGGGAAUGUCAUUGGAAACGAAUGGUGCAAUUUCUCUUUUUUUGCUUUUUGGAUAUUGGCCACGAAUAGUUGUUGGAAUGUCAUUAUAUACAGCGUCAGAGAUCAGAAGUUCAGACUCCGAGCGCACCAGCUUUUCAUACGCUCACAAACCAAGAAUGCCUCUAAAACAUAGAUUUUUUCAUGAUUAGGCUAUUUGACAUUGAGUCAGUCCAGUCGAACUGGACUGACUCAAGAGGUAGGCUAGACUACUAAAGACGAACUGAGAACUAUCAGUGAACAAGUGAAAUUCAUGAACAUAUUCCCACGCGCGCAUCUGUUUUGGCUCAUGGCAGCGCUAUUUCAGACGGUCACAUUUAAACCAUGACCCGUUUGCAUGUCUUUUAGAUUGCUGUUGUGAAAAUGUAACAUCAUGAAUGUGUUAGCCUAUUGUUCCGGGUAUAUUGUGGGUCUGUGUUCAGUGAUGUAAUACUCAUAGCCCGUUGCAAUGUGUGAAAUGGUUAAGGCUCCCUAUGCUUUUUUAAUUGGAUUUGUGUUCAACUGAUGUGAAACAUCAAUGGCACCCAUUUUCUGCCUCAACAAUAAAAAUAUUUGCAAGAAUUUGCCUGACACAAAUUAAAGGAGAACACAGGCUACGCCAGCGAUUCCAGUCUUAAUCUUGAGUCUUAUUUUUUUGUAAAAUUGUCAUAAUCCCGUAUGGGAGAUUAUGCAUCACAAUUCUAGAGCCUUUCGGUCCUUAUUUUCUCUCUUAGCCCUAUGUGGUGGAGCAGCGGAGUGCCAUGCCCGCUGCAAGGCAAAAGGGUUGCAAUAAAAUAGCCUGCAUUUCACCACCACUAACCCCCAAAUCAUGCAGCUGCCCACCUCUUUAGGCAAGAGUAAACAAAGACAACGGAUUUUAUUUAUUUUAUUAUUUUUUCUUACUACGCUUGGUGACAUGGUUUGCAGUGUGCCAGUCACGUUUUUACGCAGAUGGCUGUUAUCCCCGCAGGAAGGGUUUGUGCUUUCAUAGCCAUUGGGUUAAAUCGUUCUAAACAUGCUAGCAGAAUAAAUGAGUUUACUAAGGUUUUAGCACAAUUUUAGCCAUCUGGGAGAAUCUACUGCCCAUUAGCUGACCCUAGAUGUGAUCUUUUAUAAGGGCGCGUGGACUUCACAAUAUGAAACAGUCGAAUAUUGAAACAAAAUGUGUAGGCCUAUGUUUUUUCAGGAUUUUGUAAAUUAGGCUACUUGAAAAUACUUAAGAUAAAAAAAGUUACUGCAAACCCACUAAAGCAAACUAACUUGUAAAAAAAGAGUAACCAAUUUACUUCAGGAAAAAAUGUUUAGUUAAUCUAUUUACCCUUUUUCAAUUUGUAAGUUCUCAUUCAGAAGCCCCUUCAAGGGCUUCCAAAUGCAUCUUAAUAAAUCACCAAGUCAAUCAGAAGUCGAUUAAGACAAUCAAUUUAAAUGCAGCAUGCAAAUGGUAAUUAGCACAGGUGUCAAUUAAGAGACAAUCACACACAAAGCACAAAACAACAACAAACAAAUGGAAAAGGGGAGACAUUUUUAAGCACACAUGCAGGACCCUUACCAUGAAAACCUGUGUACUUGUACCCUGUCACUAAUGUGCCCCACUCAUUGUUUGCUUUGAUGGAUCAAGUAUUAAAAGCAAAGAAAAAAAGAUUGUGCACAGUUUUGAAAUAAAGACACUUGUUUGGUG